CCGCAGAAUCUCACCUAUACAGGCUGUGCCAGCGGCUCUGAAAAUCGCACCUCCUCCCUCGAAUUCCCGAACACUUUGAAGAGGCACAUUGAACCCCAAUCAUAUUGUGACACGGCAGUGUUGACGAACAUUCCUGUAGCUGGCUGGGCGCAACUUCUUCCACCAUGUCCAACGCAGCGACCAUUGCCGCAGCCUCGACCACCACCGUCCUGAGCGGCCAGAACAAGUCGAAACAGUCAGAGGCAGAUGAUCUAGAUAUCUACGAUGAGAUUGAAAUCGAAGACCUGACCUUUGACCCUAAACUACAAAUCUACCAUUACCCUUGUCCCUGCGGCGACCGAUUCGAGAUCAACAUUUCGGAUCUACGAGAUGGAGAAGAUAUUGCUGUGUGUCCGAGCUGUAGUCUGAUGAUUCGGGUGAUCUUUGACUUGGAUGAUUUACCAUCAGAGGAACAAGUGGAGCAAAUGACCUGAGGGUGAACUGAGAUGGAUGGGGUUUGAACACUCCAAAGACAUGAAAGGAAGAUGGAUAUUUACCACCACGAACAAGAUGAUGGAAGCGAAAUUCUCGUCUAGGACAAGAAAGACCACCCAGAUGGGCAAUGAUGGACGAAUAGGAAGAGGCUACUACCGUCCGUCGAUUUCAUCUCAUACCACGAACCAGCAAUCUGCUCCGUCACCAACAACGCCUGGGGAUAAUUGGACUGAGGUCAGGUGGCAUCCAUCCCACCGACACAGUGUCUGAUUUCCUCCCCAACAUGGGCUAAAUGGGACAUUCAUUGAAUCGACACAGUCCAAGAGAAUCGAAAUCGUGGAAAGAGAUACGGUAACCAAGACGCAGAUACCUUUGUUUUGAAGAACGCAAAGUACCUCUGGUAACGACAUCUCAGCGCCAAAAACACGGAAGGUCUUCUGAUACCGCCAUCCUCGAAUAAUCUAUCUACAGGCUUUUGAUUGAAAAGUCAUGAUUGGCGACCAUAAAACAGAAAGGAGAUGAUGACUCCCCCGAGUCAAAAACUCGACACAGUCUAGAGUCUGACAUAGUCGUGACUAGACAAUCUACAUCGCUGAUGCUUUGUGCAACGCUACCAAGUCCUUGUCCUACGUCGUCAGGGGUUUGGCAGACUUGAUAGCAAAGUCGGCAUUUCGCCUGGCCUCCACGACUUACCGACGAUUGACGGCAAUGCAAACAAUUUACUUCCUUAGCUAUAUUAUCGUCAUGAGGACUCAAUAAUCUAUAUUAAUGCCC